AUUCCUUCUAGCCGCAAAAGACCUUGACACGCUCUUUUCUAUUUUACCUUAAACUUCAUAAUGAUUUUCUCCUUGUACAUCAUCAACAAAGCUGGUGGUUUAGUGUACCAGAAAGACUUUACCAACAACCUAGAAAAACUUUCCAGUAACGAGUACCUUGUUCUCGCGGGUACAUUCCACGGCGUACACGCCAUUACCUCGAAAAUCUCUCCAGUACAUAACUCGUCAGGCGUUGAACUGCUAGAAGCAGACAAUUUUAAACUUUACUGUUUCCAAACCCUCACCGGCACCAAGUUUCUCCUCAUCACCUCACCACAGCAAAACAGCGUAGAUCCGUACAUGAAAAAGAUAUACGAUAUCUACAGCGACUUUGUCAUGAAAAAUCCAUUCCAUACGCCCGAAAUGCCUAUUCGAUCCGACCAAUUUGACCAAUCCCUACUAAAAUUCAUCAAAACCAUCAACGGCCCGUAAAAAAAACAAGAAACCUGUACACUACUACUGUGAUAGCAAUGCAUAUCGAAAAUAUAUAUAUAUA